GUCGGAUUUACCAGGUGACGCACGCUGACAUGGCUGCACCAAUAGUGAAGUGUGUUCGGCAGCUGCUGAAACAAAUGGACUUCGCGCCGGUCCAGCGAAGACAUCGACAUAAGAAGAAGUGGGCAGCAACAGAGCCCAAAUUCCCUGCCAGCCAGCUGGCUCUGCAGAAUUUUGACAUGACCUACAGUGUGCAGUUUGGGGAUCUUUGGCCAUCGAUUCGUGUAAGUCUCCUCUCAGAGCAGAAGUAUGGUGCACUUGUCAAUAAUUUUGCUGCUUGGGAUCAUGUGAGUGCUAAGCUGGAGCAGCUGAGUGCCAGGGACUUUGUGAAUGAUGCCAUCUCCCGCUGGAAAUUGGAGCCUGAGAGUGGCCUCUCUGCAAACUCAUCCUCAGCCUGCAGUCCAAACCUUCGAUGCUUCACUUUUGCCAGAGGGGAUGUCAGCUGCUUCCCUUCAGCCAGACUUGGCAGUCUGGGUGUCAUGGACUACUACCUGAUGGAUGCUGCCUCCUUGCUGCCUGUCCUGGCUCUUGACCUGCAACCCGGGGACGUUGUUCUUGACCUGUGUGCAGCCCCUGGAGGAAAGACACUGGCAUUGCUUCAGACUGGCUGUUGCCGCCACCUCGCCGCCAAUGAUCUCUCUACUUCCCGAAUGGACAGACUGCAGAAGGUCCUUCACAGCUACGUGCCUCGAGAUAUCAGGGAAGGAAAUCGAAUUCGAGUCACUUCAUGGGAUGGCAGGAAGUGGGGAGAACUGGAGGGGGACACCUAUGACCGGGUGCUAGUGGACGUACCCUGUACCACAGACCGCCACUCCCUUCAUGAAGAAGAGAACAACAUUUUUCAACGGUCAAGGAAGAAGGAGCGACAGAUGUUGCCUGUGCUGCAGGUGCAGCUUCUUGCGGCUGGACUCCUUGCCACCAAACCGGGAGGCUAUGUUGUCUAUUCCACCUGUUCUCUUUCACACUUACAGAAUGAGUAUGUGGUACAAGGCACCAUUGAGCUUCUGGCCAAUCAAUAUAGCAUCGAGGUUCAGGUGGAAGACCUAUCUCACUUCCGAAAGCUUUUCAUGGACACAUUCUGUUUCUUCCCAUCAUGCCAGGUUGGGGAGCUGGUAAUGCCAAACCUUAUGGCCAAUUUUGGGCCUAUGUACUUCUGUAAAAUGCGUAGACUGACAUAGCAUCACUUGUCCCUGAAGUAGGAAGACAAAGGAUGUACUCUGUUGGAGGCAUUGGAAACUGAAACUAGUGGCAGAGAUGCACUCUGGAUCCUGUCUCCAUCUUGAUUUUUUUCUGCAGUUUUAAGCAAUAGGAUGUAGGAGUUUGUCCUGCUGCUCAAUUGUGAAGCAUCAACAGGUCUCUAACUCACUUAUAACCCUUCCCUAUUGCCAAGCUUAUGCUAACGGUGCCUGUCCCAUUUGGAGGUUAAAAGGAAAAAAACCAAUGAGAAAGCCUACACUGUAAGCUGUAUACUUGUGAAGAAGCAUUUAGCCAAUAAAAUUGUUGAAGUUCCAUAGAGCUGGGGCUAUGUCAGGGGAUUCAUGUACGUCCAAGUACUGUUAUAGUUACAUUUGUACAAGCAGCAGCUGCUGAGCACUAACUCCAUGGUGUCCAAGCUCAGGACCUCAGACUGGUGGUUCCUGGCCUCUGAUUAUAGAGCUCCUUUCACACUUGAGGUGAGUUGCACCUAAUCAUUUGGUAGUCCAGCAAGCCUCUGUAGUUUUUCCAUAUGGCCCAUGAUCUAAUUUAAGGAACAAGUAACUAAAAAUGUUAAGCCAAUGCAUGAUAAUCUGCUUACUUACUCAUUGAGAAAGCUCUCCUGAACUGAGUAAUUCUAACCAUUCCUUCUGCAGCCAAUAACACUUUUACCCAAAUGUAGAGAAACUGCUUCUGCCAUAGGGAUGUCAUACUCUUGGGUGGGGUUUUUUUUUUUUUUUUUCCUGUGCUGGGAAUUGAACCCAGGGCCUUAUGCUUGCAAGGCAAGCACUCUACCAACUGAGCUACAUCUCCAGCUCCUCUUGUGUAGUUCUUAACAGCAAGUAUUCUGUGGGCUUUGGUAUGGCAGGUAGCUAGGGAGCUGUGAAAACUGUAGCAGUUGGGAUUGGGGGAGAUAAUCAAUCCUCUACAACCUUCAGAAUGACAACUCACCUCCUUUUGCUUUCUGAGUGCCUUAGAACAUCUUAAUGUUUUGUUUUCUUUUGUACCAGGUUUUUUUGUUCUUGUUUCUAGUCUGUGACUGAAUUCUGUGUUUCUAGUCUGUGCCUGCUCUUUGGCCUAUCUCAAAAUCCCUCAGAACUCUUCCCCCAGCAUCAUAGAGUUUUACCUCAUACAAUGUGUGUUUGGGGAAACACUAUAUAAUUUACUGACUGCAUGCUAUUUACAUUUUUGUAACAUUAACCAAAAAAUGGUAACCUUUAGUGGCAGGGAGAUUAAAAAUUCCUUGUAGGGGAGAUAGCUCAGUCAGUAGAGUGCUUGCCUUGUAAGCACGAGGCCCUGGGUUCGAUCCCCAGCACCCAAAAAAAAAAAAAAAAAAAAAUUCCUUGUGGUACCUGCAAAUUUUUUUUUUUAACUAAAUUUUUGCUGUGGUUCUUUUUUUCUGAAAAAUGGAUCCUUGUGCAAGAAAGGGUGCAUAACUUAGAAUACCUGAAGAUAUCUUGACUCUUCCUGUUGUCCUUAUUCCUCUUCUACCUCUUCCUGCCACUCCUUUUGUCCUUUACGCUUUUCUUAAUCCUUAUUUGACUGUUAGAGGUGUCAGAUGAGAAGGGCUUUAGCUGAGCUUAAGCCUUUUCCUUUCUUAGGAUUUGCAUUGUAACUAGGCCCUGGAAGAUCUUUCGGACUCCAAAUCAAGUGAAGCUAAGAAGAUAGAACUCCAGGAGCUUGGCUGGUGCUCUGAGUACAACCCUAACCAGCUUUUAUGCAUAUGGUUCCUGCCUGCUAUUUGCUUUGUACUUAGUAUUUGCUAAGGUUGAGAGGCCUUUGAUGCCUGUGUUUUGGCCCUUGGCCUCUUGGAUGUCUAGUCUGGUGCUAAUUGAAUACUAAGCAGUAAUAGUUCAAGAGGAACAGCUCUUCUUCUGUAAUCACAGUCUAAUUGGGGGCAUACCAACUCAGAUAAGAAAAGUAGAGAACUGCUUUGGAAAACAGUUUUAUUCUCUCCUCUAAUUGAUUUGUGGUACUGAGGAUUAAACCCAGGGACACUACCACUGAGUUAUAUCCCCAGCACUCAUUUUCUUUUGGGGCAUGGGUACUGG